AUGUCUCCGCUCCUGCUGCUGGUCCUCACUUACCUGGCAGUGCACGGCGAGGCUUCUCCCACCGCCAGGAGGCUGUAUUUUGGACACAAUCAAAACGAAUUUGGACUUGAAACAGGUGCCCUUAGCAAACCCCUCACCUUCCGACGAUAUGGACACCACCGCAGCGCCCGCUUCGUGUUCCCAGGCAGUGGUCCCGCGCCGCCCAGCCCCAGGAGUGCUUCACGCAUCUUCUUUCCGGGGGAGACUCCACCUGCCCCUGCCGUUGGCCAUGAUGUCCGUGGACCGUCUGAUGAUGGAGGAGACCAAGAUCAUGGAGACGCCUCAUCCUCCAAAAUCACGAAUGUAGGCGCCGUGUGGUUUCCUAGAGUGACUCGCGACGUCAUGCCAGCAGGGGAUGCCAACGACUGUGGGGUGAAGCCCGACUUAACGUAUACCUACGAGGGAAGUACCUGGGAGCUCCUGUCUCGUGGGCGGUGUCCAGUGGGGGAGUGGGUAGUGAUGGUGGCAAAGUGCCAGCCCGAGUGCCGCCCAGUACCAUGCCCGUCGGGACAGCUGGAGCACCAAGGGCGAUGCGUCAACCUGACGGACCCCACCGUGUGUGGUGGGGGGCAGGUCCUGUACGUUGACCAGACAGGGUCCACGUUCUGUGACUGCGAGAAUGACCACUUCUUCUACCCGUGGGACGGCCAGUGCUACGCGCGCCAGGGGAAAGGCCCCUGUGACUUUGGUUUCUAUCUGGAUCUCAAUGAAAACGGCAGUGUGGAGUGCAUGCCAAACUACUGCCAAGUGGACGAUUUCGUGAAGAAUCCGACGACCGGCAAGUGUGUACGCAAAGGCUACGUGGGUUACUGUCCCGAGGACAGACUGCAGUUCCACGAAAACAACACGAUUGUAGACUGUUUUCUCCUCGAUAUCAGGACCAUCUUUACCCGGGCAGUCACUAGUUCCUGCACCUCCGGUUCGGGCCUUUCCCACUUGGGUGGCUGUCGGUCCGAGUUCGUGGUGCCCUCUGUCACUGCGCUGCCCCGGAGCCUCACAGCUGGCUGCUACGCAGGCACCCUCAGCGUCACUGGAGGGGCUUGCCGGCGCAUCAACAACUAUGUUUACUAGGUUCUUUAGGAGUUCACACUCAUCCCCCAUGGCCCUAAUACACACACACACACACACACACACACACACACACACACACACACACACACACAG